GAGCAAGGAACGCCCGGCUAAAAUUGCAUUUCAUUGAAAAAUGUCGUGAAUCAUCUAGCUUGUGUGGGAUUUUUUUCUGUUCUUUUCCCUUUUCGUUUAGCCCAGAGAUAGCCAAAUUGGCCAUGUGACCCUUUGAUAGGUGCUUAGCUUAUAAUGGAGGUUCCUAGGCUUACAGGGUCUUUAAGGGCGUUCUCUGGGCUGUCUGCUCCAGCCAAUUUGGAACUAGCCGGCCAUGACGAGCUUGCGAGAAAGAGAAGACUUAGGGCGAAAAAGCAGCGAGAACAAGAGCUUUCAUGGAAACAGUUAAAGAAUGCCAUACUAGGUGCUACUUUGGACGAUAAAAGUGCUAAAAAUGAGAUCAAAGUCUUGUUACGUGAACUUUUGACCACUGCUGCUGAAAUUGGUGGCCUGAAUUCUCCAGAAGCUACUGAGGCUGCAUCUGUCUCCCUCUUCAAUAUUUUACACAACUGUGAUCACUUGGGCAAAGAGCAAACAUCACAACUUAAAUCCCAGUUUGGCGCAUUCCCUGCCUCCACUGCAAGCAAAGCAAGGCACAUUGUACAGACAAUAUGUCAACUGUCACAACCCGAGCGAGUCUCUCAGAUUUUAACCCGCAAUAAAACUAAACCCAAAGAAGUGACAGAGUUUGGAAGUUCUAUUCCUUUCCAUUUUAAUGAGACAAGGGGUAAAGCUUUAGAAAAUGAGGAUUUAUUAGAUUCGGGAUCAGAAGAUGAGUCUGAAUCAAAGUUAGAUGAAUUAUUAAAAAUACCUCAAGUACCUAAUGGUAUGGAUGAAGCUGAUGGGACUAGUAGUAGAAGUGGUGGUGCUAUUAGUCAGUCCUGGCUUAUGCAAGAAUGCGGCAAGUUCGCCGAGACAUCAUCCGGAGGAUUGACACCCGAGAACUUAUGCUCUGCUGUUUUUGAUAUUCUCAGUUCCGAGAGGAAAAAUGAUGAUAUUCAGACAGAUUUGUUUGACUUGUUGGGGUUUGAGGCUUUGGAGUUUAUAACAAAUUUACUGCAGCAGAGAUAUGACAUCAUCACAGCCUUCAUGGAUGAGGGUGGGGAUCCUUUAUCUACUGGAAUGAAAGAUAAAAAGACUAAGUUGGUUGGAAAGCAAGGUCCAUCUAAGCCACAAUACGGAUGCCAAGUUGUAGUACAGUCUGAGAAAGACAAACAAAUGAAGAAACAGGCAAGGAAAGAGGGGCGUCGCCAGGCACGUCGUGACAAAGGGGACGAAGAUAUGGAUCAGGAAUCGUACCUAAAAGAACAGGGAUUUGACCCUGAGAUCCUAGCAGCACAAAGGGAGUCUGCCCUACACCUUGCAAGCAUCACAUCCUCGUCCAACUCCUUAUUUAGUAGCAGACCACGGCUAGUGCGCCCAGUUGAGAGGUACCCCCACGUAUAUGACACCAUGUUAGAGAGACAGAUGGGAGCCAGCUUUGUGGCAGGAUCUAAGAUUGCUCUUCCCACGGAUGCCAAGCGUAAGAUCACCAAAUCAUACGAGGAGGUCAGCAUACCUCCAUCCACAGGUCCCCCGCCCGGAGCUGGGGACCACAGGGUACCCAUAUCACAACUUGACGAGAUCGGUCAGAUUGCCUUCCAAGGAACAAAGUCUCUAAACAGGAUUCAGUCCAUCGUGUAUGACAGCGCAUACAAUACCAAUGAGAACCUGCUGAUCUGUGCGCCCACGGGCGCGGGUAAGACGAACAUCGCCAUGAUGACAAUCGUGCGCGAGAUCAAGCAGAACAUCGAACAAGGGGUCAUCAAGAAAGAUAAAUUCAAGAUCGUGUAUGUAGCCCCCAUGAAGGCUCUGGCUGCAGAGAUGGUACGCAACUUCAGUAAGAGGCUUGCGGGUCUCGGGAUUUCCGUGCGGGAACUUACGGGCGACAUGCAGCUCACGAAGAUGGAAAUCCUUAAAACCCAGAUGCUUGUCACUACCCCGGAAAAGUGGGAUGUUGUCACACGUAAGUCCACUGGAGAUGUAGCGCUGGCUCAGCUUGUCAAGCUACUCAUCAUUGACGAGGUUCAUUUGCUGCAUGAUGACCGUGGCUCCGUCAUUGAGUGCCUUGUGGCGAGGACAUUACGACAGGUGUUAUCCUCGCAGUCCAUGAUUCGCAUUGUCGGACUGUCUGCUACUCUCCCUAACUAUCUGGACGUCGCACACUUCCUAAGGGUGGACCCGUACAAAGGUCUUUUCGCCUUCGACUCACGUUUUCGCCCAGUCCCCCUCGGACAGACGUUCAUCGGGGUGAAAGGGCUGAACCCGUUCCAGCAAGCGCACGAGAUGGAUAAGAUCUGCUAUGAGAAGGUCACAGAAAACGUGGAGAAGGGCUACCAGGUCAUGGUGUUUGUUCAUGCUAGAAAUGCCACCGUGCGGACGGCCAUGACGUUAAGAGAGAUGGCUUCCAAUCAGGGGGACUCCAUGCUCUUCAGGGCAGAGCAGGCCCCAGACUACGGUAGCGCCCUCAAGCAGGUCAUGAGGUCUCGUAACAAGCAACUGCGGGACUUGUUUCCUGACGGCUUCGGUACUCAUCACGCUGGCAUGCUUCGCACGGAUCGCACGAUGGUCGAGCAGUACUUCGCUAAGGGACUCAUCAAGGUGCUUGUGUGUACCGCGACCCUUGCUUGGGGCGUUAACCUUCCUGCACACGCCGUCAUUAUCAAGGGUACAGAGGUGUACGAUGCAAAGAAGGGCUCGUUCGUGGAUCUUGGCAUCCUGGAUGUUCUACAGAUCUUUGGACGUGCUGGUCGGCCGCAGUUCGACAAGUUCGGUGAAGGGACAAUCAUCACUGCGCAUGACAGACUGUCACAUUACUUAUCACUGCUGACCAGGCAGGCUCCAAUCGAGAGUACGCUGACCGCUAGCUUAACUGACAGUCUUAAUGCAGAGAUUUGUCUUGGUACUGUUACUAAUGUAAACGAAGCGGUGGAAUGGCUGAGCUACUCUUACCUGUACAUACGAAUGAUCAAGAACCCUCUAGUCUAUGGAAUUCCUCACAAGGAUAAAGAGGAUGACCCGACACUCGAGAAUUACAGACGGCAGCUGAUAGUGUCGACUGCUCGUAAACUGGACAAGGCCCGUAUGAUCAGAUUUGCAGAGGAGCAAGGCUACUUGUCAGCCACCGACCUCGGUAGAACGGCCAGUCACUUCUAUAUCAAGUACGAUACUAUAGAGGAAUUCAACGAGAGGUUCCGUCCAGACCUUGCAAUGCCAGAAAUCCUGGAGAUGUUGUCACACGCUGGCGAAUUUGAGCAAAUUAAGGUGCGCGAGGACGAGCUGUCGGAGCUGGAGGAGCAUCUCCACGAGGACUGUGUCGUCAUCCCCGUCAAGGGAGGGGUGGAGAAUACUUAUGGCAAAGUGAACAUUCUUCUGCAGACCUACAUAAGCCGUGGCAGGGUAGAGUCAUUCUCCCUCGUAUCCGACCUCGGCUACGUCGCGCAGAACGGCGCUCGUCUGAUUCGAGGAUUAUUCGAGAUUGCUCUGAGGCGUGGGUACCCUGUGUUAGCAAACAGGCUACUGACGCUGAGUAAAUGCAUCGAAAAGAGGCUAUGGCCAGAGGAGCAUCCGCUGAAACAGUUCACCACCUUAAGCCCCGAGAUUCUCAAUAAACUAGAAGGACGUAAAGCUUCAUUAGAAAAACUACGAGAUAUGGUGCCUGAGGAAAUAGGUCACCUGGUCCACCACGUGCGUAUGGGGCAUACCGUUAAGAGCUGCGUCAAUCGUUUUCCCGCCAUUUCCAUAGCAGCGAGCAUUCAGCCAAUCACACGAACAGUUCUGCGCGUGCGCCUUACGAUUACCGCUGAGUUCGAGUGGAAUGACCGGGCUCAUGGCAGCAGUGAGCCGUGGUGGAUCUGGGUCGAGGACCCGGAGAACUCUCACAUCUAUCAUUCCGAGUACCUGUUACUGCAGAAAAAGCAGGUCUUAUCAGAGGAGCCCCAGAGUCUCGUAUUCACCAUCCCUAUCUUCGAACCCCUCCCCCCUCAGUACUACGUACACGCAGUGUCUGACCGGUGGCUUGGGGCGGAGACUGUGUGCGCUAUCUCCUUCCAGCACUUGAUCCUCCCGGAGAGACAUCCACCGCACACUGAGCUACUAGACCUACAGCCCUUGCCCAUCAGCGCGCUACACAAUGUCAGCUACGAGCUGCUCUACAAGUUUACGCACUUCAACCCUGUGCAGACACAGGUUUUCCACACCGUGUACAACUCUGACCACAAUGUGCUGCUAGGGGCGCCCACCGGCUCAGGCAAGACCAUCAUCGCCGAGCUUGCUAUAUUCAGGUUGUUCGACAAGUAUCCUGGUGCAAAGGCUGUUUACAUUGCGCCUCUGAAGGCCCUCGUGAGGGAGCGCAUGGAUGACUGGAAAGUGCGAUUUGGACGAAAGCUAGGCAAAAGGGUGAUAGAACUGACGGGUGACGUCACACCAGACUCGCGUUCCAUUAGCCAGGCUGACCUCAUCGUGACGACACCGGAGAAGUGGGACGGCAUCAGUCGAAGCUGGCAGACGCGUAGCUACGUCAAACAAGUCAAUCUGCUUAUUAUUGACGAGAUUCACCUGCUGGGGGAUGAGCGAGGUCCUGUCCUUGAGGUGAUCGUAUCAAGAACUAACUUCAUCUCCUCACACACCGACAAGAAGGUCCGUGUCGUUGGCCUGUCGACUGCACUCGCUAAUGCUCGGGACCUGGCGGAUUGGCUCGGGAUCGGAUCGGCUGGUAUGUUCAACUUCCGACCUUCAGUUCGCCCUGUUCCUCUUGAGGUUCACAUCACAGGAUUUCCCGGCAAGCAUUACUGCCCUCGUAUGGCUACUAUGAACAAGCCAACUUUCGAGGCGAUCCGGAUUCACUCUCCGACCAAGCCCACCCUCGUCUUCGUCUCGUCCAGAAGACAGACCAGACUAACAGCCCUGGACUUGAUCGCCUUCCUGGCCGCCCAGGAUGACCCCAAGCAAUGGCUGCACAUGCCUGAAGAGGAGAUGGAGCAAGUCCUCCACGCUGUGCGAGACAGUAACCUUAAGCUCGUGUUGUCGUUUGGUAUCGGUCUCCAUCAUGCGGGCCUGCACGAGAGAGACAGGAGUGUCGUGGAGGAGCUCUUUGUCAACCAGAAGAUCCAGGUCCUGAUCGCCACCAGUACAUUGGCUUGGGGUGUCAACUUCCCCGCCCACCUCGUGGUCAUCAAGGGCACGGAGUACUUUGACGGCAAGAAAUGCCGCUACGUGGAUUUCCCCAUUACUGACGUACUGCAGAUGAUGGGACGAGCCGGGCGCCCGCAGUACGAUGACCAGGGAAAAGCGGUUAUCUUAGUGCAUGACGUCAAAAAGCAUUUUUAUAAGAAGUUCCUGUACGAGCCCUUUCCUGUGGAGUCGAGUUUACUGGAGGUGCUAGCAGACCAUCUCAACGCCGAGGUAGUGGCCGGCACAAUCACGUCCAAACAGGACGCCAUGGACUAUAUGACCUGGACGUACUUUUUCCGUCGCCUGGUCAUGAACCCGACAUACUACGACUUGCAGGACACGGACCAUGACAGCGUUAAUAAGUACCUGUCCCGGCUAGUAGAGUCUGCUGCGGCGGAGCUGGAAUUAUCGGGCUGUCUCAAUACUGGAGAGGAUAGCGUAUCGUUGUCGCCAACCACCGCUGCGCACAUCGCGUCGUACUACUACCUUAAUCACCUCACCCUGCGCAUGCUAAAGGAGCGGUUGCACGCUGACUGCAGCCUUCCUGACCUCUUGGAAGUAUUAUCUGAAGCCCACGAAUACAGUGAGCUCCCAGUGCGGCAUAAUGAGGACGCUAUUAACAGUGAUCUUGCUAAAGAGCUGCCUUUGGAGGUGAACCCGCACACGUUCGACAGUGCGCACACCAAGACCAACCUACUGUUCCAGGCGCACUUCAGCAGACUCGCGCUACCAAGUAGUGACUACUUUACUGACCAGAAGUCUGUGCUUGACCAGGCCAUCCGGAUUUUACAGGCCAUGAUUGACGUGGCUGCAGACGAGGGCUGGCUGGCCACCGCCCUUCGCAUCAUGCACGUUGGGCAGAUGGUUGUCCAGGCACGCUGGUUACACGACUGCUCCCUUCUCACCCUUCCUGGUAUUCAGGCGCAACACCUAUCAGGCUUCAGGAGGCCAAAUGGUGACCAGAUACAAAGCCUACCUGAGUUGGUCCAUGCGGUAUCUGCCAGGAAGAGUAUCCUGGACAAUGCUCUGAGAGGCAUGGUGUCCAGUCAGGAGAUAGAGCAGAUACAUAGUGUCCUCAGACGUCUCCCCAUGCUCGCUCUGUCAAUCAAGCUGAGAGGAGCCUGGGAAGAAGGGGAUGGUGCGAAGAAAGCAGAGAAGCCUGUCAGAACGGAUCUUGUCGGUCUCCAUGACAACUGGGUAACUGUGCACGCUGACCAGGAGUACGCAAUGAAAGUUAGUUUGAAGCGGCUCAGUGCCUCCUUCCGGGGAGCCGAUGCCAAGGUCCACGCGCCGUGCUUCCCCAAGGUGCAGACUGAAGGAUGGUGGCUGGUGCUUGGAGACACUGACACGGGCGAGCUGAUGGCUUUGAAGAGACUUGGGCCUGUCCAGGGGACAACCACCGCUACACUAUCCUUCUACACGCCCGAGGAGGAAGGGAGGAAAAUCCUAACGGUGUACUUAAUGAGUGACUCGUAUCUUGGAAUAGACCAGCAGUAUGACUUGUUUUUCGAGGUGAUUCCCUCUAGUAUUGAAAGUCAGUUUCUCACAGAAGUGAAUGAAUAAUGUAAUACUAUACGCCCGUGAGAAGGAAAGCCGGAGAAUCACCAAGCAUUACUCAUUCGGUGACUUAUGUCUUGGAAUAGACCAGCAGUAUGACUGCUCCCGCUCUCAUAAGUGAAUAAAUAACUCUUCAUAGUACAAGAUCAAUUACAGAAUAUAUGUUCACGCUGUGGAUUUGACCGGCAGUAUGAAUUCAAAGUGGUUCCCUCGAAUUCCCACACGUUAACUGUGUCAUAUCGAUAUCAUAAAUGGACACUAAUAUAAUUAUAGAGGACAAUAGACUAUUAUUAUAAUUAUUGUUAUAAUAUAUUAUCCUGAUACUAAUUCAAUGUUGAAAUUUAUCAAGUUAUAGUAGUUGUGCAACCUUCAUUUGUUAAAUUUUGAUAAACACAAGCGAAUAAACUCACAACUCCUAAUAAAGUCGACGUUAACACUU